GAGCUGAGUGUAUAACACUCUGCAGCCAGCCACAAUGUGUGUCAGAGGACUGUCUGUGCUCCCAAAGUAGAUGACUGCUCCAAAUCUGGUGUCUGUAUUACUGACUGCAAGAGACGAGAAAAAUUGGUUCGCACAUCAUAUCAUCCCAAGUCAGGACGAGGUUUUUCGAUUGUGGGAUAGAAUGCCGAUCAUAAGUAAAAACUCCGAUUUGGAGUUUGACUCCUUACAACCGUGUUUCUAUCCGGAUGAGGACUUCUACUUCUGUGGUCCCGACUCUGCGCCACCGGGGGAGGACAUCUGGAAGAAAUUCGAGUUGUUGCCCACUCCUCCCCUCUCCCCGAGCCGAGCUGCGCUACCGGGGGAGCCAGCGACUGCCUCCCCGGAAACAGACCCUCUGAGCUUCGGCUUAGGGGACCCUCUGGACUGGGCUUCCGAGCUGCUGCUCCUGCCAGAGGAUGAUAUCUGGGGGGCUUCCGACGAUGGGGACCUGUUCGGCUCCGCUUUGGAUACUAACCCCAACAGCAUCAUUAUCCAGGACUGUAUGUGGAGUGGCUUCUCCGCCAGGGAAAAGCUGGAGCGGGUGGUCACGGAGAAACUCGGCAAGGCUAUUUCCACGGCCACGGCGGGCGGCAGGAACGUGUGUGUCAAGACGCCGGAGGCGGUGAGCCGCAGCUCGGUUUCAGAGUGUGUGGACCCCACGGUAGUGUUCCCCUUCCCGGUCAACAAGAAGAACGGCAGCAGAGACUCAUCCGGGAACGUUAACACAUCCACAAACCACGGGAGCGCUUCCAGUGACUCCGAAGAGGAAGACGACGAUGAAGCAGAGGAUGACGAGGAGGAGGAGGAGGAGGAGGAGGACGAGGAUGAGGAUGAGGAGGAAGAAGAGGAGGAGAUUGAUGUGGUUACGGUAGAGAAGAGGCGCUCCACAAUCAACAAGGCGUCACCCAUGGCGACAGGCACCGUCACCAUCUCCGUGCACCCCAAGAGUCAAGACGGAAGAGGAGUGGUCUCGGGGUCCGGCGUGGUGAGCCGGUUCGUCAGCCGAGCCCCUCAAGAGCUGAUCCUGAAGAGGAGCUCGGUCCACCAGCAGCAGCACAACUACGCAGCCCCAUCGCCGUACGCUUCAGACGAUGAUCCGGCGCCACCUCCAAAGAAGCAGAAAACAUCAGAAGGCCCACGACAUCCCACCAGAACCAUCUCCUCAUCCUCCUCAUCUUCCUCCACAUCCUGCAGCUCAGUCACCAGCACAUCAGGGGCGCGCAGCAAGCGCAGCGCCAGCGGAGACAGCAGCCCACGUGGCAGCUCCGACUCAGAGGACAGCGAGCGCCGGCGUAACCACAACAUCCUGGAGCGCCAGCGCCGCAACGACCUGCGCUCCAGCUUCCUGACGCUGCGCGACCACGUGCCGGAGCUGGCGCACAACGAGAAGGCGGCGAAGGUGCUGAUCCUGAAGAAGGCCACCGAGUAUGUGAGCUCGCUGGAAACUGAGGAGAUGAGGCUCCAGCAGGAGAAGGACAGGCUCCAGGCCCGCAGGCAGCAGCUGAUGCGCAGGCUGGAGCAGGCAAGGACUCGCUAACAGACAACCGCUACAACACAGAAACACUCACAUAUACCCUGGAUGACCCCCUCCUGUCUCAACUCAGUCAGUCUGAAUUAGAUACACACACACACACACACACACAUAGGCCUUUACACUUCAGCACAGACACAUAGGCCUGAAUAUCUGUUGUACAUGUGCACACACAAACACAAUAUCUCAGAGGACGUUCAUCUUCGGAUGCCGACACACACCUGGAG